AGAAGUAAUUAGGGUUUGUGGGGGGUGGGAGAAGAAACGAGGGUUUGGAAUAUUUAAAGCGAUACGGCCGCAGACUCUUUUCUUUGGACUCAGGAGCAGCGCAGCUCAGCGGAAGGCGGAAGCAGAGGGAGGAGAACACUCUUCACAGAAUGGCAAGAGGGCUGAAGAAACACUUGAAGAGGCUUAAUGCCCCAAAGCAUUGGAUGCUUGACAAGCUUGGAGGUGCAUUUGCCCCCAAACCAUCAUCUGGACCUCACAAGUCAAGGGAAUGCUUGCCUUUGAUCCUCAUUCUGCGUAACAGGCUGAAAUAUGCUCUCACAUAUCGUGAAGUUAUUGCAAUUUUGAUGCAGAGACAUGUGCUUGUUGAUGGGAAGGUUAGGACAGAUAAGACUUACCCUUCGGGUUUCAUGGAUGUUGUGUCAAUUCCCAAGACAAAUGAGAACUUCCGCCUCCUUUAUGACACUAAAGGACGCUUCCGUCUGCACUCUAUCAGAGAUGAUGAGGCUAAGUUCAAGCUUUGCAAGGUUCGAUCAGUUCAAUUUGGCCAAAAGGGUAUCCCUUACAUAAAUACCUAUGACGGCCGCACCAUCCGCUACCCAGAUCCACUCAUCAAGGCUAAUGACACGAUCAAGCUAGACCUUGAUAGUAACAAGAUUGCAGACUUCAUCAAGUUUGAUGUGGGAAAUAUUGUCAUGGUCACUGGAGGAAGGAACAGGGGGCGAGUUGGAAUUAUAAAGAAUAGGGAGAAGCACAAGGGGAGUUUCGAGACAAUUCACAUUCAAGAUGCCACUGGCCAUGAGUUUGCCACUCGCUUGGGCAAUGUGUUCACUAUUGGAAAGGGAAACAAACCAUGGGUGUCUCUGCCCAAGGGCAAAGGUAUCAAGUUGUCUAUUAUUGAGGAGGCUAGGAAGAGGCUCGCUGCAGCCCCAACUGUUGCGUAAAGAUGUCUCGAAUUAUUGUCUUGGGUGUUCUAUCAGGAUGAGGGAAACUGUUAAUUGCCUUUCAUUUGGUGCACAAGAAAUUUUUAUGGGGACAAUUUUGAACUAUAUUUGUCUCCAUAAUUUUUUACUGUAUUUGUAUUUCAAUUUUAGUCACAUUUUUCCUGUUACUGAGAUGAAAAUUAAGACUUUAUGUUUGUCA